GGUGCAAACCAGUGUAUAAGCUCCAUUUCAUCUGACCAAUCGGUGACACCUUCAGCCAAUUCCUGUGGUAUAAAUGUGCCGCAUUAACUUUAUUACUAAAGGAAAAGUGCGCGCACUCUGCUUCCCCGCUUAUUAAAUAAAUACAGCACGACAAUCGUUUUCGUAAUUUCAGACUGAAUUGUAUGAGAAACUUUUUUUUUAUAAUGCAUUUGUUCAGGUAAACUCGGUGAAUAAUUAUGCUAAACAUUCUUAAGUAGAUAAUCUCCGAUAUUUUACAUACGUAAAUCUAAAUCAUUUAUAGUAAUUUAAAGUAGUCGUGGAUUGUUAUGUUUUAGAAAACCGCAGUACUGUAUGUGUUGCAAGACGAGAAUUGUUGUACAACACUCCCGCCUAUAGCAAUAGCAGUGGGCGUUGUUGAGUUUGUCCCUACCUUCUGUUUGGCUUCCACCAAUCUUCGACGUCAUCAGCCUCCAAGAUGCCCUUGUGAGUGGCUGCCAGAUUUCAAAUUGUAUCCCCCUCCCAACCACCCCAGCGUUCCCUCCCCAAGCCAUAGGUCAGGUUGCUCCGCCUUCUACGUCAUUGUGCAUUAGUUUCCGGUCCGAGUACCGCUAAGGAAGCCGAAAAAAGAGAGUACUCUUUUAAGGAUACUAGAAUAUUUGGUUAAGAAACAGUAUUUCGGUCUACUGUGACGGUCAUCGGGGUUUACCACGCUUCAAAAGCCUUUGGGCGUCGAAGACGCACACCACGCCUCCAGCUUCCUGUCUGUGGCUGGCCUGCUCUGCUCUUGUUGCUCCUGCUGGGAAUGGCGACUACAGCUCUGUAUGCGUGUACCAAGUGUCACCAGCGUUAUCCGUUUGAGGAACUUUCACAGGGACAGCAGUUGUGCAAGGAGUGCCGGAUUGCUCACCCUAUUGUGAAGUGUACCUACUGCAGGUCGGAGUUCCAGCAAGAGAGUAAAACCAACACAAUUUGCAAGAAGUGUGCUCAAAACGUGAAACAGUUUGGAACACCAAAACCUUGUCAGUACUGCAAUAUAAUUGCAGCUUUUAUUGGGACCAAAUGUCAGAGAUGCACAAACUCUGAAAAGAAGUAUGGGUCUCCACAGACAUGUGAACAAUGCAAACAGCCAUGUGCCUUCGACCGAAAAGAGGAAGGCAGGAGGAAGGUUGAUGGGAAGCUGCUUUGUUGGUUGUGCACUCUGUCGUAUAGACGUGUCCUGCAAAAGACAAAAGAACAGAGAAAAGGGCUGGGAUCGUCUCAUUCCAACUCCUCCUCUUCCUCCAUUGCAGAGAAGGAUCAACAUCAUUCCAAACAUCACCAUCAUCGGCACAGCAGUGCUCAUUCUAAACUGAGCAGUCUUAGUCCUGAACAAGACCAAGGUCUGUGGAAACCAAGCCAUAAAUCAUCAUCUAUUCAAAAUGAAACUCCAAAGAAGAAGCCAAAACUGGAGACAAAGCCAUCUAAUGGAGAUAGUAGCUCCAUUAGUCAGUCUAUGGAUUCUGGAGGAACAGAUAAUUUUGUCCUCAUUAGUCAGUUAAAGGAAGAAGUGAUGUCACUCAAACGACUGUUGCAGCAAAGAGAUCAGACUAUUCUCGAGAAGGAGAGAAAGCUAACAGAGUUAAAGGCUGAUUUUCAGUACCAGGAGUCAAAUAUGAGAGUGAAAAUGAACAAUAUGGAAAAAGCACACAAAGAAGCAAUGGAGCAGCAGCAGGCAAAGAACCGUGAGCUUCUGAAACAGGUUGCAGCUUUGUCAAAGGGCCGGAAAUUUGAAAAGACUGGAAGCACAUUUUUAUCUCCCUAAGAAAAAUGGAAGGGGGACAGAAAUAAAGUAUAAAGAUGUUUUAGCUGUCAACACUGUGAAGCUGUGAAAUGACCAUUCAAAUUUGGGUUAUCCAGGAGCACAACAUCAGUCUGCGCAGUUGAACAGGCAUAAGCAAGUUGGACGCCACAAGGCUGGUGUACAAUUUUGUUUUUUUUUUUUUUUGUUUUUUCUUCCCACUAAGCAAAGAAACACUAUGGCAAUAAGUUCACCAGUCACAGCAAAUCUACUUGAAACAAGACAGAUACCAUUUAGAGCUGCCUUCAGGUGUGGCCAAGAAGCAGAUGUUCAGCUAUCUUUCCACAGUACUCUGCAGGUCAGAUUUGGUCAUAGCUAUAUCCUGCGCGUGGUCCUUUAAGGCAAAUGUUGGCAGCAACACUGGUUGCACAAUGUGAAAGCUGGUCAAUUUUAAUCUUUUUAAUGACUCAAAACAAGCCUGUCUGUCCCCUUUUUUUUUUUUUUUUAAAUAAACUUUUUUUAAUUUAUUGAUAUGUUUGCACUUCAGUCUUGCCGAACACAAAGUUGAACUUAUUCAUAGAUACAUUUAUUUUGAGAGAAACCAGCUUAAUUUGCUCCAAGUCUCCUUACGUCAAGCCCCCAACAUUUUUAAUAUUAUUAUACUAAUGUAUGGCUAUAAAACCUAACAGCUCAGUGUUGAUCUGUGAUAGGAGUUGAAAAAGAUGAACAGCAGGUUGUGCAGGCUAAAUUGAGAGGAAACACCCUUCACCAUCAUCUUUAAAAGAAGCACCAAGAACCCAACAUCAGUGCAAUAUUGUUGAAUCAGUUAUAUAAUUACCAUGUGCAAUAAUGAGAAAUGUUGCGUUUAAUCUAUUGCCAACACUCUUUAACUGGAAUUACAAAUGAAUGUCCUUGUGUAAAGGGCUGAUGCCUCUCAUUUUAGCAGUCAUGCCUCUCAAAUGAAGUGUGAAGUGAUGCUUAGGAGAUUGAGAUCUCCACUGACAGGGAGAGAACUAAAGACUUUAGAUGCAGCAUCUGUAAAAUGUUAUGAAAGUCUUCUGCUAUGGCUUUCUGGUCAUUUUUCUUUUAACCUCGGUUUUCAACUUGAAACCUCCACGGGGGUCCCCCAUGCAGGGAUGGUGCCUGCUAUAAAAGUGCAUGCAAUCCCACUGCUGGGGCCGUGGCAAUUUGUACUGUAUUAUACUUGUAGACAGAAUUUUAAUCAUGUAUAAAUGGGAUAUGUAGGGCCUUUGUGUAAAACUUGUUACUUGUAUGGUUUAUAGUUGGUGUAUGUAAAGAAAUUAAUGUACCUAGAAUCUGCUUUGAAAUCUCACUUUUUUUACAGCUCUGAUCAGAAUGCUGUACCCACCCAUUGUACAGACUCACUUUUGUACUUUUUGCAAACCCAGUAUUUCAAAAUAUUAAAACUUGGUAAAAUCACAA